AUGUGCUACAAGGUCGUCGAACGUUACUCCGUCUGCAAAUGCAUCUACUUUCAACAUUCAAUCGACCCAUGCACCGCUUACGGUCAACGCGGUCACUCGAUUCAGGAAAAGACCGUACUUGUCGGCUAUGUCUGCUCGCGCCAUUCCUCUCGAGCCUCCAAUGCUGGCCAUGGACCGGACUCGGGAUAUGCCAGCAACAAGGGCUCCUAUCGGUAG